AUGGAUAGCCAGAACACCCAGGCCGGUGAUCAUAACUAUGGCGGCAGUAACAAUCAAGCUAAUAACCUGUCUGUCCAGCAAUAUCAAAGCCUCCGAUUUGAAGGGCUUCCACCACCAAGCAAUAAGAAAGACCCUGCUCCACCAGGUGCAUCGCACUAUAGGCCUCCCAGCCCGAAAAAUAUUCCCCAGUACAAUAUUCCUCGCAACGACUCCGCUGCCACAGGAAAGCCCUACCUCGCCCACUUCGCCAAGUACAUAGCAACCUUGGAGAAAUUCUGUUCCCCAAGGGCCACGGAGAUCGCCGAUCAGAUUGAUACUAACAUCCUUUUGCUCCAGGGCGAAAGUAUGAUGAAAGAAUUCGAUAAGCAUUGCGCUGAAAAAAUACGUGGAGCACAGAGUAGGCUUCUAGGGCUUAUGGAGGAGGCAGCUUCUUACGAAGGCUGUGUUAUUCCGGUGCAGGCAUAUUAUGAUACAUUAAAUUAUUUAUCGAUGGAAGAUCUGGCCAUUGAGGAGAAGCCAUGA